GAAGUUGCUCCGUGAAUCUACUCGCCGUAGUGGCGGAAACUCGAAAAGUCAUUAGACCGGUGUUUACAUUCGAAGAAGAUGGCUGAUAUGUCAGAACCCGAAAGUGAACUAUUGCCUCGAAAUAAUGAUUGGAUUGAAAUGACGCGUAAAACAUCUCUUACCGAUCCAAAACAUUCUCGAUUUCAAGUAGCAAAAGUCGAUUUUGCAGCUGAUACACCUAAAUGCAAAUUUGCAAACGAUACUGAUGUUGCCGAACGUCAACCUCUGACAGAUCAACAAAAUACAGCUGAUUCCGAUGGUGAUCGAUAUGAUACACACAAUGUCCGCAGCUUAAGACAUUAUACUCGAGAAGCUUUACCUAGAGCUGAUCAUUACAGAAAUGUUAUGUCCGUCCAUGGUCAAUUAAACCGUCCAACUUUAGAUGAACUCCAUAACCCGGGAAUGUCUAUUUCACCAGAUAAACAUUUGAAAAGAGGGAAGACAGUGGAUGAAAUUAGAAUUUUAAACUCUGGAGUUGUAAAACUAGGAUGGAUUCAAGGUGUUUUAGUCCGAUGUCUGCUAAACAUAUGGGGCGUCAUGCUUUUCCUCAGAUUGUCUUGGGUAGUUGGACAAGCUGGAAUUGGCUUAGCAAUUAUGAUUAUUCUCUUGGCUACUGUUGUCACAGUUUUGACAUCACUAUCAAUGUCUGCUAUUUGUACAAAUGGAGAAGUAAAAGGAGGAGGCACCUAUUAUAUGAUAUCUAGAAGUUUGGGACCUGAAUUUGGAGGGGCUAUUGGUUUGAUAUUUUCUUUGGCAAAUGCUGUAGCCGUUGCCAUGUAUGUUGUGGGAUUUUCUGAGACUAUGGUUCAGUUGUUGAAAAAUCAUGGGCUCUCAAUCGUUGAUGCUGGAAUGCAUGAUGUGAGAAUUAUUGGUUGCAUAACUGUCAUAUUCCUAUUUGGAAUUGCCAUUAUUGGAACUGAAUGGGAAUCAAAGGCUCAAAUGGGACUCUUGGUAAUUCUUCUAGUGUCUAUGUUAGAUUUUGUGAUUGGUUCUUUUAUUCCUCCAAGUGUAGAAAAGAAGUCUUAUGGAUUUACUGGAUGGGACUUGGAUGUAAUGCAAGAAAAUUUUGGACCUGCAUUCCGUCAAGGUGAAACAUUUAUAUCUGUGUUUUCUGUUUUUUUCCCUGCUGCCACAGGAAUUCUGGCUGGUGCUAAUAUAUCAGGAGAUUUGGCUGAUCCUCAGACUGCUAUUCCCAAAGGCACUGUUCUUGCCAUUGUGAUAUCGUCUAUCAGUUAUAUAUGGUUUGCUUUCACUGCUGGAUCUGUUUACUUACGCGAUGCUAAUGGAAAUGAAACUCUUGCAAUGAACGGCACUGACAUGAUUAGGAACUGCACUUUUGGUCCUGAUGGAAUGUGUCCUUAUGGCAUGAUGAAUUUCUAUGAAGUUAUGGAGACAGUAUCAGCAUUUGGACCUAUUAUAUUAGCUGGCAUUUUUGCAGCUACUUUAUCAUCUGCUCUUGCUAGUCUUGUUAGUGCCCCUAAAGUAUUUCAAGCCUUAUGCAAAGAUAAACUCUUUCCUCAUCUGCAUUAUUUUGCAAAAGGCUUUGGCAAGGGAAAUGAGCCAAGAAGAGGAUAUUGUUUAACGCUAGUCAUUGGUUUAGCCUGUACAGCCAUUGGUCAGUAUUUAUCGUUUAUUAUUUUAUAUUCAUCAUUAAGAAUGAAUUCCAGAUUUAUCAAUAUACAGUUAGGAUUUAGACCAUCUUUUAAAUAUUACAACCUAUGGCUAAGUUUAGUGGGUGCCAUUCUUUGCCUUGCCGUCAUGUUUAUAAUGAAUUGGUGGACAGCACUUUUGACAUUUGCUUUAAUUUUGGGCUUGUACAUCUUUAUUUUCUAUAGAAAACCUGAUGUAAAUUGGGGCUCUUCUGCACAGGCACAGACAUAUAAGACUGCUUUGAGUUCUGCUUAUCGUCUGAACCAUGUUAGUGAUCAUGUUAAAAAUUAUAGACCUCAAAUAUUGGUGUUGACUGGAUGUCCAAGUAGUAGACCUCCACUGACAGAUUUUACUCACAGUAUAACUAAGAAAAUUGGGCUGCUUAUUUGUGCUCACAUUGUUAAAGAACCCAUCACUCAGAGGAUGAGGAAUGCUUAUUCGAGGCAAGCGUAUGGAUUCCUGAACAAGAGGAAAAUCAAAGCUUUCUACACACUCAUAGAGGAUGAAUGCUUUUCGAGGGCUGCCAGGGCACUCAUUCAGUCCACUGGAAUAGGAAAAAUGAAGCCCAACAUCGUCUUCAUGGGCUGGAAAUCAAAUUGGCAGGAGGGUGGAAUUGAAGACAUUCAAGAAUACUUCAAUGUUAUACAUGAAGCUUUUGACAAGCACUUGUCGCUGGGUAUACUGCGAUUGCAAGAGGGUUUGGAUUAUUCUGAGUACAAUGACAUUGAGGAUGUUGCUGAGCUCCCAGCCACUAAUGGCAAGAAAGCUAGGCGCCUGUCCUUCCUAAAGGGUACUGAACAAGGAGAAGGAAUGACUAGAGAUCCAUCUAGUGCUCAGUUGUCUCAAGCUGAAAGCUCCCCAGAAACAACGCCUCCGUCUACACCUCCUGCUGAUAGGAAGUAUUCCGGAGAUGUAGGAGGAAAUCAAUCUGGCAACAGCAGCCAAGUGGUGCGCGGCUUGUCUAAAGCCAUUCCUAAAGAUGUUCUGUCCUGUGUCAAUCAAUUUCAGAGGAAACAAAAGAAAGGAACCAUUGAUGUUUGGUGGCUUUACGAUGAUGGAGGUCUAACAAUGCUUAUUCCAUACCUUCUUAUAAAUCAUGCUCAGUGGAGUGGUUGCAAACUCAGAGUUUUAUCCUUGGCUAAUAAAAAAGAUGAACUAGAAAGAGAACAGAGGAGCAUGGCUGCUUUGUUGAAUAAGUUCCGUAUUGAUUACUCUGAUGUGAUGGUUAUUCCUGAUAUUACUAAACCACCACAAGAGUGCAGUAAACAAGAUUUUGAAAGAAUUAUAAAUCCAUGGAAAGAAACAGAUGAUGAAAAAGAUGAUUCUAGUUUGAUAACAAUGUCUGAAAUUUUAGCUCUUAAAGACAAAACAAAUCGUCAUAUCCGUUUAAGAGAAUUGCUGAUACAGCAUUCACAAGACGCAACUUUAGUUGUCAUGACUUUGCCCAUGCCCAGAAAAGGAACAUGUUCAGCUCCCAUGUACAUGGCUUGGUUAGAAACCUUGACUAGAGGCAUGCCACCAUUUUUAUUAGUGAGAGGCAAUCAAACCAGUGUUCUUACAUUUUAUUCAUGAUGCUUUUUAGCUCCACACUAUUUUUUUAAAAUAUAAGGAAGAAUAAAAGCUUGCAUGAGAAAUAAAACAUGCCUAGAAGAACAGUUUGUUUAAACUAAUGAUGUGUAAAUAUUUUAUUAUUAUUUACUUAUGACCAAUAUUUAAUAUUGAUGAUAUUUACAUAAAGUAUAUAUUAAAUAGAUUGUGACUUUUACAUAAAUUAAGUUUUUUGAUGAUUACAAUUUAUUUGUUCUAAAAAAGGCAUACAUGAUAAGUAUAGAUACAAUUCAUUGUAAAAUUUCAGUAUUAAAGCAAGUGAUAUUAUUGUUUCUGGUUGCAUGUCGUGCCUUUUGUGUUGGAUGCCUUUUCAUUCUUAUAAUUUUUAAUAAUAGUAAUAGUCAAAUUAAAUCGAAGAAACAAUAUAACUGAAAAAAGUAAGAUUAUUUUUAUCAAACAGGAGGUGCAAUGUAUCUUUAAGAUAAUUUUUUAAAAUUCUUAACUAUUGAUCUCCUAACAAUUGUAGUUUAUUGAAUAUUGAAUUGUAAAAUACUUUUUUAGAAAUGAAUGAUGCUUAAAUUACAACUUGCUUGCAAAUUUUUUUUUAGUUCCUAAUGUUUAUAAAAAAAGAAGAGAAAAAAAAUUAAAAUAUAUUUUCUUAUUUAUUAAAAAAUGUGUUGUAUUUGUCCAUUUUAAUAAAGUCUCUUUUAAUCUCUUUUAUAUGAACUUGUGUAAGAUUUUGAAACAAUUUGUGUUUUCAAUUUUUUAAACUUUUUUUUUUAAUAAACAUGUGAAUAAUACA